AUGGCUGCUAAGACUGGUAUUGCUGUUGGUUUAAACAAAGGUAAGCAAGUUACUGCUAUUGCCCCAGUUGCUAAGAUUUCUUACAAGAAGGGUGCUUCUUCUAAGAGAACUGUCUUUGUCCGUUCUUUGGUCAGAGAAAUUGCUGGUUUAGCUCCAUACGAAAGAAGAUUAAUUGAUUUAAUCAGAAACGCUGGUGAAAAGAGAGCCAGAAAGGUUGCCAAGAAGAGAUUAGGUUCUUUAAAGAGAGCCAAGGCUAAGGUUGAAGAAAUGAACGAAAUCAUUACUGCUUCUCGUCGUCACUAA